GUCUGUGUGUGUGUGUGUCCGCUGGAUGCAGUCAGUCAGUCAGUCUGUGGUGGAGUCGCACAGGUUUCAGCUGGAGCGCAGCGGACUUGCUGGACAAAAGAAGAAACGGCAAAAAGUCGGAUUGAGGAACAAGUCUGAUUACUUUUAUUCCGAGCGUUUGAUCACGGAGAAGCGAAGAAAAGCCCACAGCGAUCACUUGGGACUUGAUGAGAAAGUCAAGAAGUCCCGCUCCCGGAGAGACCAGAGGAAUAUGAUUUGAAUCAAGGGGAGCGGACAGCACGUUUGCUCGCGAACAGGAUGAAUCUUCACUCGUUUCACGCCGCCGUGCUGCUGUGGGCCUUGUGCCCCACUGUGCAGGGCCAGUGUGAUAAAUCACCCGAGACCAACAAACUCAUCCCUUCAGUCACCUACGAGCUGCCAACGUUCACUGCAGACUUCCCCAUCCAGAACAUGGUGGUGCUGGAGGGGAUCAUCUACGUCGGGGCUGUAAACAGAAUCUACGCCCUGGCCCCGAACCUCACGAAGCUGUCGGAGUACCACACGGGGCCGCUGUUUGCCAACCAGACUUGCGGCCACAAGGCGACCAACAUGAGCAGCGGCGGCAGGGUGGACAACCGCAACAUCGCCCUGGUGGUGGAGAACAUUUACGACAAGGGCUUGUACAGCUGCGGCUCGGCAGACAAUGGUGUUUGCCGACGCCACGUCCUGGAUGACGGCAUUAGCCUGAAAACCGUAGACGAAUAUGUCUACUGCUUCACCGACACGGUGAGGCAAGGCAAGGGUCAGCCUAUCGACGCGGAUGUCGUGGUCAGCCGUUCAGGCUCCCAGGUGCUCAACGUGGAGAGCAACGUCAUCAAGUUCUUUGUUGGGAACUCUGAGAUCCCGGGCUUCGGAAACAUAACAGGCAGCACCACGAAUCCCCAUACCAUUUCUCUGCGGAAGAUGAAGACGAGCCAGAACGGCUUCACCUUCUUCUCCAACCUCUCACACAUGGAUCUGAUUCCACCCCUACGUGGAAACUACUACCUGCGAUACGUGUACUCCUUCCACAGUGGACCAUUCACCUACUUCCUCACAGUGCAGCGGGUGAGCAAAGACUCCCAGGCCUACCACACCCGCAUAGUCCGUAUGUGCUCCUCGGACCUUGUCAUCCGCCGCUACAUUGAGAUGCCCCUCGAGUGCAUCAGCACCGAUAAACGGCGGCGACGCUCCACGGAAGAGGUGAAGGUGUUCAACAUCCUCCAGGCGGCCCACGUCGCCAAGGUGGGCAGUGACGUUGUGCUGCAGAGGCAGCUGAAGGUGGAGGAAGGCGACGACGUGCUGUUCGCCGCCUUCGCCAAGGGAAAGCCCAACUCUCCGGAGCCGACCCCAAACUCGGCCGUCUGCAUCAUGUCCCUGAAACACAUCAACAACAUGUUCAAGAUGUACAUGCAGAAGUGCAACACGGUAGAUCCGUAUCACUUUACUGGAUCAGACAAGAAGUCCUGCUACAAUGUGACUUCGUCAGACGACUGCGACCCGCACGAGGGAAUCCAUGAGGGCAAAGAGGGCAAGUACCGCCUGCAGGUGACCCAGUUUGUCCAGAGGUUGGAGUUCUGGCACAAAGAGUUGACCAACACCUUGGUGACCUCUAUCACCGUGGUGCCCGUCCAUGGCCGCGCCGUAGCGUACCUUGGCACCGCCGACGGACGCCACAUCCAGGUGCUGUUCUCCAGAUUCGUCUCUCCGCAUGUAAACAUCCACCUGGACUCAAGACCCGUCUCCACCAGUGUAGCACUGCUGGACGGUGACCCCUCAGAAGGAGCUCUGCUCAUGGCCACAGGAGACAAGAUUACUAAAGUCCCUCUGAUUGGCCCGGGCUGUGGUCAGCUGACCACCUGUACUUCCUGUUUGCUGUUGUCGCGGGUGACAGAAUGCGGCUGGUGUGAUGGACGCUGCACCAGAGCGAGCCAGUGUCCCUCCCCCUCCAUCUGGAACCAGGACUACUGCACACCUGUCAUCACUAAGAUCUCUCCAACCUCUGGACCCGUACGAGGCUCUACAGUGGUGACGCUGUGCGGGCACAACUUUGGCUUCGAUAAGACGGAGAGCUUCAAGGCCUCUGUUGUAAUGGUGGAGGUGGCGGGAGCUCCCUGCAAACUGGCCCGACAGGACAUCAACAGGUGGACUGAGAUCCAGUGUUCCCCGGUGUUCAGCGGGAACUUCACUCCGUCAUAUCACACCGUGAAGGUCACCAGUGGCCACAAGGUAGCCACGAUGGAGGGCUUCACCUUCGUGGACCCUGUCAUUCACGAGAUCUUCCCGACGUUCGGGCCAAAGUCCGGUAACACCAUGCUGACCAUCAGAGGAGCCUUCCUGGACACUGGGAACAGGCAAGAGGUGACGAUAGGGAAGUCAGCCUGUAAGAUCCAGAGCUUGUCGGCGAGCAUGCUGACCUGUAAGACACCACCGAACACGUUUCCCUCCAAGCAGUCCGUGAAGCUGACGGUGGAUUCGGUGGAGCGCCUCGCCCCUCAGAUGUUCACCUACAACCAAGACCCCAUCAUCAACAGCAUCCAGCCCUCGCGCUCCUUUGUCAGCGGAGGCUGCACGGUGGCUGCUCACGGAUUCUUCCUCCAGUCCGGCCUCCAGCCCCAGAUGGUGCUCACCACCGGUCAGGAUGAGGAGGUGUUUCAUGUGAGCUGCGUGUACGGAGAGAACCGGACCUCCAUCCAGUGCACCACGCCCUCUCUGGCCAAACUGGGUCUGCAGCCUCCCGUCUUCACCAAGGUGGCGUUCGUCCUGGACGGCUUCUCCACGGAUCAGUGGGACCUGAUCUACGUGGAAGACCCCCUCUUCCAGGACCCCAAGCUCACUUCUAAGGACAACAAGAGCAUCGUGGAGCUCAAGGGUGACCGGAUGGACAGGGAGGCGAUGAAGUGCCAGGUCCUGACCGUUUCCAACCACAGCUGUGAGAGUCUGACUCUGGUUGGAAACACUCUGGAGUGCACCGUUCCCACCGAGCUGCAGGCCGUCCCCCCCAGGGAGCUGCAGGUGGAGUGGCGCCAGGCGGACUCCAUCAGGCACCUGGGCAAGGUGACGCUGGCUCAGGAGCCGGACUACACCGGCCUCAUCGUGGGCUGCGUGUGCGUCAGCCUGCUGCUGCUCGGGCUGGGAACUCUGCUCAUGUGGAGGAGGAACAAACACAUCGAUGAUCUGUCUGAGGUGUGGUAUGAUGGCCGGGGUCACAUCCAGCAUCUGGACAGGCUGGCUAACGCGAGGAGCGUCAGCCCCACUAACGAAAUGGUCUCCCACGAGUCAGUCGACUAUAGAACAACCCUGCUGGAGGAUCAGGGCAACGACAGGCCCGAGACAUGCAGGGGGGCUCCUCCAAUCUACGGCGGCAAUGGGGAGCUGCUAUCUCCCAGACUGGGGGCGCUGGGUGGUGGGAUCAGUUUGGGGAUGGAUGGCGAGUUGGUGUCACCCCUACUGAUGGCCCCGGUCCACAUCGACCCAUCCUGCCUCCACCCAGACCUGCUGACUGAGGUGCAACAUGUGGUGAUCGCCAGGGAGCAGCUGCUGCUCCACCUCAACCAGGUCAUCGGCAGAGGUCACUUCGGUUGCGUUUUCCACGGAACUCUGCUGGAGCCAGACGGGCAGAAGCAGCACUGUGCCGUCAAGUCCCUGAACCGCAUCACAGAUCUGGAGGAGGUGUCCCAGUUCCUGAAGGAGGGGAUCAUCAUGAAGGACUUCAGCCACCCCAACGUUCUCUCUCUGCUGGGAAUCUGCCUGCCGCCGGAGGGUUCCCCACUGGUGGUCCUGCCCUACAUGAAGCACGGCGACCUGCGCAACUUCAUCCGCGAUGAGGGACACAACCCGACAGUAAAGGACCUGAUGGGCUUCGGACUGCAGGUUGCCAGAGGGAUGGAGUACCUGGCCAGCAAGAAGUUUGUCCACAGAGACCUAGCUGCCAGGAACUGCAUGCUGGAUGAGAGCUACACGGUGAAGGUGGCGGACUUCGGCCUUGCCAGAGACGUUUAUGAUAAAGAGUACUACAGCGUCCACAACAAGAGUGGAGUCAAGCUGCCCGUUAAAUGGAUGGCCCUGGAGAGCCUGCAGACACACAAGUUCACCACCAAGUCAGACGUGUGGUCAUUUGGAGUGUUGCUAUGGGAACUGAUGACCCGUGGAGCCCCACCCUAUUCUGAUGUGAACUCCUUCGACAUCACCGUGUUCCUGCUGCAGGGGAGGAGGCUGCUGCAGCCCGAGUUCUGCCCCGACGCCCUCUACACGGUGAUGAUCGAGUGCUGGCACCCAAAGCCGGAGCGGCGGCCCUCCUUCUCCGAGCUGGUGUCUCGCAUCUCCGCCAUCUUCUCCAGCUUCAGCGGCGAGCACUACGUCCUGCUCAACACCACCUACGUCAACAUCGACAAGAUGAGCCCUUACCCCUCGCUCCUUGCCUCCUCCAGCACCACCGCUUCCUCCACUUCGUCUUCCCUGUCCGACCCCUCCACCUCCACAUCCCUGCCGAACCAGUCCCACCUCUUUUGCCACGUGGAGCGAGACUGCUGCACCUGAGAGAGGAAUUUUGAGGGAAGAGCGACAGGUGGAAAAAAGAUGCAGAAACUGAGAAAGAGAGCAAGGAAGAAAGCAAUGAGGUGAUGAAGAACUACUGUAUGUACUUGCCAAACACUGGACACUGUAUGCUGAGGGUAAAAACCACAGCUGUUGCAGCUUUGACUGUUCAAUCAAUGUACAUAGACCAUCAACCUUUGACGUUCUCAAGCAUCCCUGAAUGACCUUAUCGACCUCGGUCGACCUUUCGGACCUUUCUUCGACCCCAGGGAGCAUGAGGUCAGCUUUCCCGUGUCCUCUACAAGACAAUUACCAGGCCCAGGAACUCCCCCUCGAAGCACAACACUACAAGUCAAACACCCACUAAGUCUCAUCGACUGUGCCCAUGCAGGAGGAGGAUGGAUUUUCUCUUUCCGCUCUCCUCUUGGGUGGCAUGUGCUUCGAUACGCGGACGUGGCUCCAACCUUCCCUGCUGUCUGUAAUGUGAAUGUUUGACAAAUGGCCAUGUAUUGUGUCACACCUCCACACGCCGUAAACAAGACUAUAUGCCACCCCAUACCUGAGAGAACGAAGCCUGUUUUUGAUAGAUGGCGCCGCCUCGGGUGAGUAAACCGAGGCUCUCUGGAGGUCGGUAACAUGGGAAGGACAGUGUAGGUGUGAGGUGGGAUGUGUGCAGUUCACUGGAUGCUUUAUUUGUAUAACUAUCUUUGGGCGAUUAGCUUUUGAUGUGCUUGGAGGAAGAAAAAAAAGUCUUGCAGCCUCGCCGUGACUCACCUGUGUGACAGCCCCAGAUGUUUCCAGUGAAAAUGAUUAGGAGUGUCUUUUAUUUUCCUAUUUGUAUGCAAAAAUCUAAAAUGUCUCGUCGCGUCACAACAGCACAGCUCUUACAACGUGUACAAACUUGAGAGCUUUGAGGAUUCCUUGGAAAGAAGAAAGAAAACAAAUGAGAACCAUGUCCUGGGGAUUUUCUGUCAGUUGACGAACUGUAUAUAACUUGCAUUUAUUGACAGAGAACAUGCUGUAACUGUUAAAAAAGAAUACCUAGACAAAUAUGAGGGUUUUGCAGUCAAACCCUUAGACGGCUUAAGGUUUAUCUGUUUUGUAAAUUGAAUAACCUUUGGUCAAAUUGCUAUCAAAGAGCUUUGUGUUCCCUGAAGCUUUCACCAAGAGCCUCAACUAAAGGUUUUACCUCAAAAGGCCCCUGCGUUCAUCUGGCUUUAUUAUGUUACUACCAGUGAGAGCUGAACACAAAAAAGUUGAGACGCUGUGCAGAAUGUGAAUUAAAACAGAAUGCUAUCUUUUGCAAACAAACUUUUUUUUUACUGAUGACAGUUUUACAAAGUGUUCCUGAGCCCAUUUAGUAAUCUUCUUUGUUCAAUCCUGUGUUUCACAAAGCGGUGAACCUCGCCCCUGCCUUGCUUGUGACACGACACAAUAACAGAGCCUUUCGAGGAUGCGCCUUUCACGCCCAAUCAUGAUUAUUUUAUCGGUUACCAAUGAACCUGUUUACCUGUUGAAUGUUCCAAAUAGGUGUUUCUGGAGCAUUCCACAGUCUUGUUUUGCUUCUGUCCCAGCUUGUUUGAAUCAGGCAAAGCAUUAUAUUGUCUUUGCUCUGUUUUCAAUAUGUCAAAAAGGGACUAGUAAAUGAUCAUCUUCUGAUUUAUUUGUGUUUUACACAGCAUCCCAACUUUUUUGGAAUCAGGAUAACUGAGUCAUUAUGAAGAAUAUUCUCAUGUUAAAAGAAUAUGCCAGUGUGUUAGCAAAUUUUAGUUUCUUUGCCGUUAAUACUUUGCAACUUACACUUCAGUUUACCAUUUUUAAGGCAGCCAUUGGCCUCCAUUCAUUUCUGUACAGAAAAAAAAUCUGAUUUUUGAAACUUGCUUGACUUAAAGCAUAUGUCCAUAAAUUAUGAGGCAAGAGCAGUGACAGUAUAUUUUGACACUGAAAACAAUCCUCAACUGAAAAAGGAAAGAAUAUAUUAUUAAAUGGCAUAUUGAACCAAAUAUUUGGCACGGAAAAAGUUAUGUCAUUGUUAGUUAUUACAAAAUUAAACGCAGAAAAAAGUUAUGUCAGUGUUAUAGUCGGUGAUAUAUUAUUGUUGUAUGGUAAUAUAUUUAAAGUGCAGAUAGAUUUCUUGUAUGUGCACCAAUUUAUAUCAUACUGCAGUAUUAUUUAUAAUCAUUAUUAUAUUGUGAUAUAUUUUUGGUUAAGGUGAUGAAACAUGUAUUCAAAAUAAAUUAGAUAAAAACCUGUACUAAUUUCCAUGCAGAUUUUACAUAUUUGACGAUAAUAUGAUAGAAAAAAGCCAAAUGUCUUUUUCCCUGAGCCUAUUUUUUACAUGAGAUACACUAUAAUGGAUUGCACAAAUGAAAUUUCAAGAGUCUGAUUUACAUAUUUUACAGAAAUGGAAUGGAAACCAAUGGCUAAAAACAACAUAUUAUCUAAGACACUUAAGCCUCAUUAACUGUCGUGCAAAGUAAACAAUAUCUUUCAACUAAAACUUGCAAAGCACUGAUAUGCUCAACUCCCCUUUUUAUGUUUUUUUUUUUUUUUUGUGUAGCAGAUUAUGUUUUUGUUUUUGUUUUUAUCUGAAUGGCUGCUGAUGUGACUGGGCCAUUCACGGACAGGUAUGAAUGUUUGCUAUGACAAGAAAAUUGCUGUACUAUAUUUUUGUAUUGAUAAUGAGCCUGAGACCGGUGGUGAGUGCCACGAACAAUGAACAAAGCCACCGUAUCGACCAUUUGUUUUCAAGACGAACCACUGCCAUUUUUGUAAAUACAGAGAGGGGAUCGUAGGGAUGUGUGUGGGAGCUGCACAUCUGUCUGCUUAACAUGUGGGUGGAGGCUCAUUCAACUUCUGAUCAUUACUGCAAGAUCUGCUGUCACUUUGGUCACGUGAUUCUCCACCAAAUUGUCUGUGCUUAACACUGUAUGUUCCGUGUGUUGGUGUUUGUAUGAUUUUGUUGUCCAUAAAGAAAUCCUGAAGGUACAUGUUCCUAAGUAAUGUAAAAUCAACUUUGUCAGUGUAAUAAAGCUAUACAAUCAGAGUUUG